UACCAAAUAUUUUCUUUCAUCAGUUUUUGACAGUAAAAAUAAUUAUGUCUUUCGAAAUGUGACCCUUAAUCCUUUCUCGAAAUCAGUUUCUGGAUGAAGAAAUAAAUUUGUCUUUAGUGAAUACUUCUUUUUGAACAAUAAUAUGAUGCGUUUUCAACAAUUUAUAAAAUUUUAAUUAUGAUGGAAUGGAUAAAACAUCUAAUUUUUGGCAUAUAAACAAAGCGAAGUGAAACGGAAAAUUAUUUCAAGAGUUUAUCUGUUAACUACUAAGGGUUGUCAAAAUGAGGAAAUUCCUAAGAAGUAUAGUUUGUAAAAAAUUGCUACCUAGUUUAUGUUGUGUAAAUAAUAAACCUUUAAACUUAAAGAGAGCCCUUUCAAGUAAAAUGCCCAAGGAGUCUUUCAGAUUAUCUGAUUAUGAUUGUAUUGGAUUCGAUUUGGACAAUACAGUUGCAAGGUAUAGAGUUGGAGCAAUGAUGGAGAUGGAGUAUGAAAUAUUGGCAAAAUAUUUGAUACAAAAAGGUUAUUCUAAAAAACAUUUAUUGAGGCCUGUUGAACAAGAUUUUUUACUGAAAGGACUUAUAGUUGAUAAUGAAAAUGGCAACUUAUUAAAAAUAGCUGCUGAUGGUAGAAUUUUAGCAGCUUCACAUGGUACUAAAUUGCUGAAUGACAAUGAGAUUCAAAGGGUGUAUCCAAAUUUUCAUUGGGAGCCCACAGAUAUUUUUGCUAAAGACCCUCUGCAUACUUGGAAUGGCCCUUACUCGGAAAAGAUGCGCACAUUACUUGAUUAUUUUGAUAUUGUAGCAAGUUUAGUUUAUGCCAGAGCCGUGGAUUCUGUAGAUGAGGAAAAAGGUCAACUUGGCAGUAGUUAUAGUAUUUGGCCUGAUUUAUUAGAGGCUCUACAGUACAUGUUUAAUAGAGAUCAUUUUCAACAAGAAAAAGGAGUUUAUUUCAGUAAAAUGAAAUCAAACCCUGAGAAAUAUUACUAUAGAUGUUCAGAUGAUUUAAUUGACUGGUUCAAGGUUUUGAAGAAAAAGAACAAGUUACUAUUUUUGAUCACAGGAGCGUAUGUUGAUUUUGCUUCACUUACAGCUUCUACAGCCUUAGGUAGAGAUUGGAGAGAAUUCUUUGACAUUAUAGUAACCUAUGCUAAGAAGCCAGGCUUUUUUACACAAAAAAGAGAUUUUAUUGGUCUUGAUGGCUUCAAAGAAACUUUACCAAUUCCUUUUGAAAAACUAAAUCUGGGAGGUAUUUAUACUCAUGGAAAUUGGACUGAUUUGCACAGAUUUCUAUCACAACAUUCCUCAAAAGAAAAUCCAAAUUUUCUAUACAUCGGAGAUAAUUUGAUUCAAGAUAUUUACACUCCUAAUGUUUAUUCUCAUUGUGAUACAGUGGCUGUAUGUGAAGAAUUACAAGCUGAAGGAAUGCACGGACAUGAUACUAGGCAUCCAGAUAAACCGUUUUUGAGAUCUUCCGUCUGGGGGUCAUAUUUUCAAUAUAAAAAUUUCAGUACAAAUUGGUAUCAAAUUUUAAAAGAUCAUUCAAAAAUCUGUAUACCAAGUUUAGAAUACAUAGCUAAAUUUCCUUUAGAAUUUGAGCAUAAAUGUAUGUUUAAUGUUUGUAAAAAUUAAGUUUUAUGAGCAUAUUGUAUAUUAAAAAAUCAUCUAGUUGUU